UUCGUAUUUUACCAUAUCUAUUUGUAAAUGUGUCUUCGUUUCAGUAGGUAGUGUGACAAUUGAAAACUGGCAAAAAUGAUUCGCAAGCCCCAAGGCAGAGUGCAAAAAUCAAUUAGAGCCGCUUAUGCACGMGCACUUCGAUUGAUUUUACGACCGGAUGGACCCCAUAAUGCACCUUCUCCAUUCCAGUUCUUUAAUUUGCURACAUUGCUGGGACGUCCUCUUGAUCAAAUCAAAUUAGUAGAAGAAAAUGUGGAGUUUAGGACAGGUGCCACACAUCGUCCACAUACCUUCCACAUAAAAGUACUGUUAGUGGAAACUACCGCUACAGAACCGAAGGAGAUUCACUGGAAUGUAAUAGCAAGAGUAAUGGGGCAUAUAGAUGAAAGCAACAAAAAAUCAGUAAAUAUUCGCAGCAAAUUUGAAAGGGAAAUUUUAAUGUAUUUAACUGCGUUUAAAUCACUCGAUAAAUUUCAACGGUUAUUUCCUGCUGUUGGAAUUAAUUAUUGCGAUCUUUUCCCUAUAUGCUAUGGAUGCGCUUUCAGUGUGAUGAAUCAAAAUACCGGAAGAGCUGACCACACAGCAGCUAUAUUGCUGCAGAAUUUAAAGGCCUCCUCCUAUCAUUUUAUACCGGAACCUUGUGACAUCGCUCUGGCUCGACUGAUAGUCAAACGUUUAGCUCUAUUUCAUGCCACUCCUAUAGCAAUGGCGAUGCAAACAAUUAAUCGCUAUUUGCACAAGCUGCACAGUCGCAUGACCGGAGAUAUUAAGUUUGAUCCUGAGUACAACGCUUCUGAAGAAUUUGAGAUAAUAAGUGACACUUUAUAUGGUGAUCCAGAAUUGACUCAGUAUUUAGCGGCCAUUAACCACCAGUUGGGAUUAUGUGCUUACAAUAUCGAUUCGAAUAACGAUAUCGAAAAUCCUGCAUGGACUACCAUCUGCCACCGUAGGUGUUCCAUACGUAAGAUAAUGCAGAGAUUUCAAGACGGAGACGAUCGUGAACGUAUAAAAUUUGUAGAUACGAAAUAUAUGGAAUAUGAUUCCUGUGCUACUGAUUUGCUUUUCUUCAUGCUUACAAGUUUGACUAAAGCCGUUUUAGAUAAAUAUUUUGAUGAUAUUUUACAGACAUACUUCUCGGAAUUUUCUCGAAUUAUGUCAAUUGCUUGUAUCCAACUUCCUGA